AUGGAAACUUGGGAAGUAAUUAGCUCAGGGCGUGUCUUCACGGUGAGAACCAACGACAAGGAGAAACAACCAUUACCUUUGAUGGAACUUUUGGAGCUGAGAUGGCACCUCUCCCGCAUUGCUGCGAUGCAGGGAGCAGAUCAGGAUGAUGACAGUGGUGACGAUUCUGACGGUGGGUCCUUUUCAGUCCCAACGGGGUCGCGAUCACUCGUCAAACGAGAGGGCAUGCUUCGCGAGAACGUGCCUCCUCAAUCUCCCACUCGGUCAGUCUCACCCAAAAAGUUGCAAACUUUGCCUUUUUAG